UGUCCAAAUCCAAAUGCCGACAUUAGUCAAAGAGUCACAAAUGUAAGCCGAGACUGCAGCCCAGCCCAUUAAGCAAUCACCAUCGAUCUCUUGAAUUUCCUCUUCUGUCUCUGUUUCCCUUUGAAUCUGUUCUUCCUCUGUAUUUUUCCUUGAGGCAAUCAGGGACCAGUAAACGCAGAACUUGCUUGAAUUUGUUUAAUCCCAGUAGUUGAGAGACCUUUUGGGUAGAAGAUGAGUAACCAAUCAACAGGAACCUCUUCAAAAUCGAAAGUUGGGUCUUCACAGCCCUCAGAAACUUCAUUCAAGCGUAAAAGAGGAGUUUUUCAGAAAGAUUUGCAGCAUAUGAUGUAUGGUUUUGGAGAUGAUCCCAAUCCACUUCCAGAGACUGUUUCGCUUGUGGAGGACAUUGUUGUGGAAUAUGUAACAGAUCUGGCACAUAAAGCCCAAGAUAUUGGAUCAAAGAGGGGAAAGCUAUCAGUUGAGGAUUUUCUUUACCUAAUUCGCAAGGAUUUGCCCAAACUAAAUCGUUCUACAGAAUUGCUAUCCAUGCAAGAGGAGCUGAAACAAGCAAGGAAGGCAUUCGAGGUUGAUGAAGAGAAACUGGGAACAACAGAGUAACCCCCUUCCCCUCUCCCCUCUCCCCUCUCUCUGGCUUUCUCACCUUUGUCAUCUCAGUCAAGACUAGUGUAUUAAGCAGUCUGAGAAAUGCUUAUAAUAGUAUUGUUAGAAGUUAGAACAAAACGAAACUAGCUGUAAAUCUCAAGUAUUAUGAGUGUUCAAGAUGCAAAUGCUUUCUUUCUGCGAUGAAAGUAAAAUGUAGUUCCUCUUA